AAAUAUCAUGGCCAUUAUUAUAUUGUUUUGUGAUCAGUAUCGAGACAGCUAAUUAACAUAAUGAAUAGACAGUAGAGUUGUGCAUGUCUUGAGUCGGUAGGAUAUGGAAGGUACUCAAAAUGUUUUUCCUAAAAAUAGGCUUGGCCCCGACAACCCAGUUCUAUCGACCGUAUCUCUCGCCAAGGAAGAACAAGUCCCCUGUCGUUAGGUCACCAAUUAACAUGGCUACACAGUUGUUAGCUCUGGGUCCAGAUCCAGCACCGUUCACCUGUCCACACUGUAAUGCCAAUGUGAUAACGACUGUCAAAGCGGCUGCAAAUACGAAAACGCACUUACUCGCCUUCAUCCUAUGCAUUUCUCUAUGUAUACCUUGCGUGUGUAUUCCAUAUUGCUGUAACUCCUGCCAGACUUUGCAACAUUACUGUCCAAACUGCAAGGCAUACUUGGGGGCGUAUGUUAACUGAAACUGUAUUUUUUAUAUUUUUGAGUUUUUUUGUUGUUGUACUUAUACUGGGCGAUUAAUGUUUAACCUUACCAGUAUGGUUAUACAUCAAAUAUUUAUAUAAAUACUCGUUGCUUUACUGUCAACCUACUCCCAAUUUUGUUAUCUAGACAAGGUACUUACGUUGUAUCGCAAUAACUCUUCACAGAGUACCGUGGAUUAGUUGUGGCCAAAAUUGUGGAGAUUGUGCAUGUUUUUUACUCAUUUGCCUGCCAAUCAAUGCUUACCAAAGUGACAGCGUUGUAUCAACAUGAGGAAGGCUUGCCGAGGAUGCUCAACUGAUGAAUCCACCCAUACUUUGCUAACAGUGUGCCCUGCAUUGAGCCAGGUCUCGUCUAGGUAGUAUAUCUUCCU